AUGCCAAGGAAGGGUAGGAAGAGAGCAAGAAGCUCCAAGACAAUAGCAAAGAAAAAGUUUCCAAUCGGGGAACUUGCCCGUAGGCGGAAAAUGCUCAAAGAGGAAUUUAUUUCAAACUGUGGGAACUGCAAAUAUGAACAACAAAAGUUGUGAUCCAAAAUGUGCCUCAGCUUUACUGAGUUCAGUAUCUUAUGUGAUUUUUCUCAAGUUGCAAAUUGUUUAAAUUUUAGCACAGUCUCAUACAUUGAUGUAUGAAUUUUCUGACUCAAGUUCUUUUCAGGAUUUUGCUAUUCUAUUUAUCUUAGGUUAGAAAAUCUGGGACUGUGGAUUAAUUUAACUAUCCGGCAAAUCUUUCAUAGGUUGAAAGAAUCCAGAAUGAUGUGGAGUUAGGGAAAAAAAGAGUAAUUGAGACUGACAUUGUAAGAAAAAGAAAACUUCUGAAAAGAAAAAGGUUUCCGAAGAAUAUGAAGUUCCUGUUGCAAAAAGAACUUGCCAAAGAUGUACAAGGGAGACUAUCAAUGCCUGUUAUGAAAUCCAUGGUGGUACAGGGGAGAAUAGAAGUCCAAUACUGGAUGCUUUGUGGUUGA